GAUCUCGGACCUGGGAUUGGCCCCGAGAGUUGAUCUCGGCCCGAGCCCGUAGGGCGAGGGCCGAGAUCACUCGAGGGGCAAUCCCAGGUCCGAGAUCAACAUUAGAGUGUGAUAUUGUUUAUAUCAUAUACCUAAAACACAACAAGUUGAUAAACAUUUUUUUUUUAAAUGGGGGGGGGGGGGGGGGGGGGGGUAUUGACCCUAACAUAUAUACAUGGUAUACUAUACAACGAUAUUUGACUAUUUUAUUCCUUCGGUGAGUUUACUUUAAUGGUUAUGUUUCCAGUACUAUUGGCAUUGUGAAACAUGCUAAAGUCUGGGUUUUGUAGCUUUAUUCCACUGUUGGUCACAAUAAUUGGAUGAUUAAUCAUGGACAUCCCCUCAUGUAGUCUAGAAUCUGGACGUUUCAAUUAACUGAACUGCUUGGCUGAGAAACUCGUCAUAUCUAUCGCUGUGCUGUUCAUGUACAUGUAUAUACUAUUAAGCAGCUCCUAGGGGCCUGCUAAUGAAUACUAAAAUUGGAAAUAAGUGAAUUAUUUUUAUUUCUUUUUUCGGAUUUACCAAACUCGCCCGUUUUCAUUAUUUCAUAUAAUUUGUAAGAGUUGUAGAACUUUGUUUACGUGGCGUCAUCGUAUGAACGGGAAUGUUUACAGAUCUGAUGCUGCUAUUUAUUUGCUUAGGGAAUGUUACCUUAUACUGAAGUAAGUUUUUUUUUACCGUUUCCCAUCUGUUUAGCAUCUAUAAGUCGUUGAAAAACGUCGGAAGAUAUUGGUUCUGCUUUUCUCGUUUUAUUGCCAAGUCCUCGGGAUUUUAGAUUUCAGAAAUCGUUUUAAAGCAGUUUUCUACAUCAAAAUUACCGUAAAUUAACAUUUUGAUCUCCAUUAGGACCGGGAAUUUCUAAUAAUGCUUUAGUAUCACCCUCCAUAAUCCUCCUACUGUUUUCUGUAGCCUAGAACGUUGAUUGUUUUUAAAUGAAGUUAAACGUGUUAUUGUUCUAAAUAAACAAUUGUUACUUGGGUUACCCCCCUUUGCUUAGAUACUCGCUACAAUUUAGCGCUGUUUUUGAAAACGUUUUUAUUUAAUUUUUCUGCUUAAAUUAAAUUUUGUCGUGGAAGAAAGUAUUAUAUUUGAACAAAAUUGUGUCUAACAUCAUUUUUUCAUGUAGUUAUGUUAGAUUUCAAAAGAUUACAGAAGAAAUAGCCAUUUGAAAUUUGAGGGCGAGACAGCCCCUUGACAACGGGCCGAGACAGAGAUAUCUCGGCCCUUAGGGCGAGACAGCCCUACCUACUUGCAGCUGUCUCACCCUAGCCAAGAUAGGUGUAUCAGGGCUGAUACACUACUAGGUAUAUGAUAUACACUUUUACCGCAUACCCAAGAAGCCAGAAUCAAGAAGAGAGCUCUGGAUAUCUGCAAUUAAGCGUCAACACAUCAGUGGUAAACCAUGGGAACCAGCGGACCACGACCGUGUUUGCUAUCUGCAUUUUGUUACUGGUUCGAAGAGCAAUGAUCUGUCAUCUCCUGAUUAUGUGCCAUCUGUGAAUAUGGGAUAUGACACAAUCAGACAGAAAAAUCCAGACCUACGAAAGGCAAGAUACUUGAGAGCAGAAAAGCGUGAAACAGAGAGACAGCAUAUUGAAGUAGCUUCUGCCCUUUUGGAUUUAUCCUGCAAGGAAAAUCUCAACAUGCCAGUAUCAGAUCCAGAUCUACCCAUUGACUGUCCAUCAAAUGCAUCUCAGCAUGACAAUUGUCAGAAGAAAAUUGCUGAACUUCGCCUGGAAAAUAAACAACUUUAUUGUGAAUUAGAAAGACUUCAGGUGGAGAACAAAGCACUCAAAGAACAGGUGGGAAAGAGUUGCUUUGAGGAGCAAGUGACAGGGAGUGACCGCAAGCUACAAUUUCACACAGGAAUUCCGUCAGUUACUUUAUUUAUGUGGCUACUUUCAUAUGUGAACAGUGACCUGCCUACAAGCAAAGUGAUGUCAGCUAAAAGUGUUCUAUUGUGCAUUUUAAUGAAGCUUAGACUAAACCUACAACACCAGGACUUGGCUUAUCGUUUUAAUGUGUCGUUGACUACAAUUUCAGAUAUGUUCAAUUUAAGUCUACCCAUUAUAGCAAAGAAACUGUGUUUUCUGAUUCAGUGGCCAGAAAAACAAACAUUGAUCCAAAAUAUGCCCUUUGUGUUCAAAUCUUCAUAUCCGAAGUGCUGUAGUAUCAUUGACUGCUUCGAAGUCUUUAUUCAGCGACCAGGACACCUUACAACAAGAGCACAAACAUGGUCCAAUUACAAACAUAGCAACACCAUAAAGUUUUUAGUGUCUAUUACACCAACAGGUGCUAUAUCAUAUGUUUCAAGAGCAUUUGGUGGAAGGACAUCAGACAAAGUCAUUACGUUGCGAAGUGGAUAUCUUGACAAACUCCAGUAUGGUGACCAAGUGAUGGCAGACAGGGGCUUUUUGAUAGCGGAGGAAUUAGCAAAUCAUGGAGCAACCCUUGUGAUUCCUGCCUUUACCAGAGGGAAAACUCAGCUCUCGGCAAGAGAUGUUGAACAAACACGGAAAAUUGCACAUGUAAGGAUACAUGUAGAGAGAGCCAUUGAGAGGAUCAAGAAUUUCAAUAUUCUGAGCACUAACUUGAGUAUGCACAUGGUGCCUCAUGCUGACAGUAUUUUAACUAUUUGUGCUGCAGUAUGCAAUCUUCAACCAAAAUUAGUGGCAUAAUGUAUCAACUUAGAAGACUAAUAUUAUAUUGUCUAGAUGUAAAUUGAAAUUUCCUUCUGCAUUGACUUUUUUUAUUUAAACAUUGGGAGUGAAGAAUUGUACUUCAAAGUUGGAAAUGAACUUUCAGACAUCUGUAUGAUCAAUUCUGUUGCAUUACAACCCUUUUAUUUAAAGUUGUGAUUUAUUCCACUUAUUAAACCAUUGAAAUAUUGAUUUACAUUUAAAGUUCUUCAUAUGGAUAUAAGAAAUAUGUUUGAGGAUGACAACCAUUUUUAAUAUGACAAAUGUCAGUCAUAUGAUAACCACUGCAUCAGAGUGAAGUCAAUAAAAAGGAAUAAAAUACAUUUUAUUUGCUACAGAACAGGAAAUAAGCAAAUAAAAGAAGAAAACAAUCAUGAAAACUAUACGUCAAUUGAGAACAAUAUCUUAGUCAAUUUGCAGUCAUGUAUUGCAACUUGCACAGAACCACUGACCACGGGGUUUGCGUCGAAUGUUAACACAUGGGUAAUGAAACCAUUGGUACACACAUCCUUCACUUUCACACUCAAUCAUUCGACCAUACUCAGGCUCCUUGCAUAUGCACCAAGUGGUCCUCUCUCCGUUGUUGUUGUCAGGUGCGCCUUGGACAGAGGAUGUGGGCUGUUCCUCCAACUGCCUUGUUAACAGUUCCUUUAGGACAUGGGUUUUCAUAAACCUCUCACAUUUGUCCAGCAAUGUUCUGCAGAACUGCUCAUCCCAAAAAAUUCGUACUAUCACCAUGCUUGCAGAUGGUUGGCACUUGGUGAAAACUACAAAGUCACAAUACUGGCAUUUCGUAAUACACAUCUGCAUCUGUACCUGGGUAAAGUAUCUGUGACUUGUCUUCAACUGUAACGACUUGUCAAGACAGAAGUCUCCAUCCUUCUGUGCUGCCUCCUCAACUGAAAUAUCUCUGUGUUUAUAGGGGCACUUAAUCUCUAAAACACCUUUCCCACAACAAUCACAGCUUAUCAUGCCAUCUGGACUAACUCCUAAGAAGGGGUGGGCAGGAUCAAUCACAAAUCCAGAUAACUGACAUUUGAAGUUCAGGUGGUUUCCUUUUUGAUGACUGGCAAAUGCCUGCCUGCACUCCUCUUCAGUAUCUAUACCCCAUUUCACAGCAGUAUUCUUGGACAAGUCAUACACGCUGUAACCAGCUACACGUCUUACCAAGUUAUCUGGUGAAGUUGAGUCUCUCCUCACAAGAACGUCAUGGGCUUUAGAGGCAGUGAUCCUUCCCAUUCGGUGCUGGUACCACAAAGGACUAAUGCUUUGAUUUCUUGUUGCUUUUUCCAAGUUGCUGACUUGGCUGGCAGACACUGAGUAUGACUGGUAUACUUCACACAAAUCGGGAAUGUUGCCUUCAAUGUCAUCUUGUCUUAAGGUAGAUAAUAGUUUUGGAUAUUUUGGUUCAACUUGAUCAGUCACUGAUGUCAUUCCACUCAAGGAAGUGAAAAAGGCAGCAUUUGGUGCGAUGGCGUACAAUUCUUGAAGAAUGUUUUGUGGUGGAAGAGGUGC